CAUGACUAGAUAGCACAUCUACUGAUCUAGUACACAUUUGCCACCAUUUUUAGGGUGAAAUCCAUUGUUUUUGUUGGGCAUUUACUUAUUUGUAUUAUAUGUUACUUAUAUUUCCUCCCCAAAUCUUAAUCCCAGCUCUGAUGAGUACUUGCAUAAGGUUUAAGAGGCAUAAAGAUGUCUAUGUGCCGGUCAAAUGUUCAGGUAACUGGAGCCAACAAGGGCAUUGGUUUUGCCAUUGUGAGGGCGCUGUGCAAGCAGCUGGACAAUGGAAUCGUCUACCUGACUGCCAGGAACGAGGAGAGGGGGAGGGAGGCCGUGGCCAAACUCAGCCAGGAGGGGCUCCAGCCUAAGUAUCACCAGCUGGACGUCACCGAUCGGGCCAGCGUGAGCAAGCUGAGGGAUUUCCUGAAGGAGACGCACGGAGGCUUGGACAUACUGGUUAACAAUGCAGCAGUAGCAUUUAAGAUGGAGGCUACUGACCCAUUUGGCAUUCAGGCAACUGUUACCUUGGCAACCAAUUUCACUGCACUGCUGGAAGUCAGCAGAGCACUACUUCCUCUUGUGCGCCCCCAUGGAAGAAUUGUCAACGUUGCCAGCAUGUCCGGGCCAUAUGCAUUCAAGAAAAUGAGUCAGGAGGUCAAAGGUCGUUUCCAGGCUGUCCGGACAGAACAGGAUGUGGAGCAGCUCAUGAAGGAAUUCGUUGAUUGUGCCAACGCCGGGGAUCACAUGAGUAAAGGCUGGCCCAACUCGGCCUAUGGCACAAGCAAGAUGGGGGUCAUCGCACUUACCCGAGUCCAAGCUGCCGACAUAGCCAAGGACAAGACGAAGGAAGACGUUCUGAUCACCUGCUGCUGCCCAGGUUAUGUGGACACAGACAUGACAAGUCACAAGGGGUCGCUGACAAUCGACGAGGGCGCCGUCACACCAGUCUACCUUGCCCUGCUGCCAACGGGCUCCAGCGACUACAACGGCAAGAUGUUCUCUGAAAAAGCUGUUACGAAUUUCUGGUAGAGCUUUGGAACAGGAACAAGACUUCAACCCAAAGGAGAGGUUUGCACUGAGAUUGUGAAAUGCAGGCAGUUCUACUCAGUUGAGAUUAUUGCAGUUGUUGCAAAGUACCUUGCCUAUGGACACAACCUUCAGAGUCCCUCGUUUCCAUUGGAAAUCUCAUUGCUAAAGGGUAGCUAUGAUAAAUGUUUGUUAGACAAGGUUUUCUCUGUUUUUUUUUGUACGCUUUAUAUAAACCAUUUGACUUCCUGUUAUGUUAAAUGUAUUUAAAGGUACACUAAGGCUAAGAUCAGGUGGCUUGUUUUAUAUAUAUGUUUUUAUAAUUUUUUGUUUGUGGGUCAGCCGCUCAAACGCUGGGAAUGUACAAUUGGUUAUCGCUGGUGGUUAGUUACAAGCAAGGUGCAACAUGGCGGCGUCCUACAAUGUACACAUUCUUUGGGGGUUAAUGUUUGGAUAACUGGGCUGAAUUCUUUUCUGUUUGAAAAGGACAUUCAUUUCUGUGUUGUGGAAAAUCUUUCUAGUUAAUUUGGCAAAACUUCCCAUUGUCUCUGGCUUUGUAAGCCAUCUUGCUGUUUUUGCAGCUGUUCAAAAAUAAAAACUCACGAGU